UCAGUUUUAUCCUGACCGAGGCCGCGUCGUGCAGUCGGUACAGACCGAGCAAAAAAACAACAAAUUCAGCCAAUCCCGAGCGAUUUUCAAAUUUUCGCGGUAAUCAGCCAGGCUUUGUUUACGCGAAUAGUGCAAAUCGAAAAUUGGGAAUAACAAAGGCAUUAGAGAAAACCUACGGUUUUCUACCAAUUAUAUGUUUGACAGAUUUAGGGCCAAUUUAUAACGCGCAAUUAGAAUCGUCUUUCUAAGACCCUGAACCAGACACCGAGAACGAUACAAAAACAGAAAUCCAUUGUGGAGCGUAGGUUACUUGAUAGAUGACAGUUAGCUUCACAGAAAUCAGCAGACCAAGGUCAUCAAAGAUUAAUGCAGGCUACUAUACAACAUACAAAUUUAUGGCAAGAUGGAUGUGCUUGCAGAAAACCACGACCACCAAAAAUUGGAGAUAUACCGAGGCAUACUGCUCUUGAUGUAGAUUCAAAACCAAAAGAAAGUGACAAGCCAGUCGUUCACUCGUUGCAACAUGCUUCCACAAACAACCGCACAGACCGCCCAAGACCGUCGUCAGCACAAAAUCCGGUUCAACAACCAAAAUCAAACCAUCCACAUCCCCUCGUUCAACCGGACGUUAGUCGCGUUAUCAACGAGACUGUCCAGACAUCAGAGCGUCCAGCUCAGAAUGAUACGCAGCUGGUGCUAUCCAAAGUUGACUCUCUCAGUCUUAAGUUAAACGAGAGUGUACCGUCAAUAUCCGGCAUUAGUAGUAGUAGUAGCAGUAGCAGUAUUAAAUCUUUUCGUCCCAUUGUGAAUAAAUCCAGUUCUGUGAUAGAGAAUCCCGUGCCUUCCCCAAACUGCUUAUCUCAUGAUAGCUCAAAUUUACAAGGCGGCAAGCUGUUUUUUCAAUCAAAAUCAUUGGGUGGUAUAGAUACCACGGCCAAUCGACCAAUUUUCCCAAACUGCCCUUAUAGCCCCUACGGAAGUCCCACUCAGUCUCCCCGUAGCAACAGGAAAAGACAACCACCAAAGGAGUCCCGAAGAGUCUCAAUUGAAAAGCUGGGACGGUAUUUACAGCUUAACCAAUACAAGCUUAUGGACUCCAUAGGACAAGGAUCCUAUGGUGUCGUGAAGUUAGCCUACAGUCAAGAGGAUGACACUCAUUAUGCCAUGAAGAUACUUUCGAAGAAGAAACUGCUUAAAAAGUCUGGAAUGUUUGGACGCAUGCCCCCAAAGAAAGACGGAAAGAACAGUUCAUCUCCUCUUAGCCAUCCUUUAGAAAAAGUCUACAGAGAAAUUGCUAUAUUAAAAAAGUUGGACCAUCCCAAUGUAGUAAAAUUAGUGGAGGUUCUGGAUGACCCUGAUGAGGACCACCUUUAUUUAGUAUUUGAGUUAUUGGAUAGAGGUCAAGUAUUAGAUGUACCAACUGAUCAACCUCUUUCAGAAGAAAAAGCCUGGAGUUAUUUCCGAGACGUUGUACUGGGAAUUGAAUAUUUGCAUUACCAAAGAAUUAUUCAUCGUGAUAUUAAGCCAUCCAAUCUUCUUCUUAACGAUGAAGAUCGAGUGCAAAUUACCGAUUUUGGAGUUUGUAACGAGUUUAAUGGUGCCGACGCCUUUUUGUCCAAUACAGCUGGGACUCCAGCAUUUACUCCACCGGAGGCUGUCGGUGAGGAACGCUCGAGCGGAUUUAGCGGAAAGUGUACUGAUAUCUGGGCAAUGGGGAUAACCUUAUAUGCCUUCGUCUAUGGACAUGUCCCGUUCCAUAACGAAAACAUCAUCGGUCUCUAUUCAAAGAUAAGACAUCAAGCAGUUACCUUUCCUGAAAGUCCCGUUAUUUCUGAAGAUCUCAAGGAUCUUAUAACAAAAAUGCUUGUUAAAGAUCCUUCCAAGAGGAUCACUAUGGCAGAAAUUAAGGAACAUCCAUGGUUAACCAAAAAUGGUCAGCAUCCAUUACCGAGCGAGGAAGAGAAUUGUCACCUUGUAGAAGUAACUGAGGAAGACGUAGCGCAAGUUAUAACGUCAAUACCAAAACUAGAUACGCUUAUACUGAUAAAGCACAUGCUUAAGAAGCAUUCCUUUCAGAAUCCUUUUCUAUUCAGAAGAGAAACGACUUUAGGCUCAUCGGAAAUCCGUAAUACCGCGGUUGCGCAGGCAUCAAAACGACACAUUGGAAGAUCAGGUCGCUCCAAUUCCGCUCCAGACUCCUACGACUGGAGUCAAACUCGACAAAAAUCCGGCGAAUCAAAUCUGGAAUCUGUUAAAGAGGUUAAUUUAGAUCCCGAUGGCGAGGAAGUCCCUGGUGAAGUUUACACUAGCUCCACCAGAGGCAGACCGCAAUCAAGAAAAAAUUUGGAAAAAGUAUCUAAAAAACACGGAGAGUUAACUAGGAACUCGACGGUGGCAGACGAGGUGUCCCUUUGGCAAAACCAAGAAAGUACAAUGAAAAUUUCUAGUCAGUUUGUGAAGGACACUGGGAAAAGUGAGGAGGAAUCGCAGUGCUUAAAUAGCUCAAAAUCAAGUGACGCACAAUUAUCCCAAAAGCGGUGAUAGAGUCCAUUUAGCUGCUUAGCUUUUAAGUAAACUUGUAACUUAAGGAUCUGAAGAGGUGAUAAGAUAUAAAAAUGGCUGUUACUUUAAUUAUUAGUGCUUUAAAAUAUCAUUUUUAUUAUAGGUAUUAUGGGUUCUUUGCAAGUACUCAUAGACUCAUGUUAAUUUAUUGUUUACAAAUAGUUUAGCAAAAGUCUAAAUGUCUUAGAAUAUUAAAAAGUUUUUUAUUAUUAGUUUGAUAUUAUUAGUACUCUUGCAAAGAGAAGCACUUCUUUUAUAAAUUAACAAAAACAUCAUUUUCUGAUGAAGUUUUUUGGUUCUGUCAAAAAAUAUUACUGGUUUCGAUAAAAUAUUUCAAUAAUGAGGGCAGUGUGUUGCCGUACACAGUUUUUAGCUAUUAGGUACAAUUUAAAAAUAUUAUAUUUAUAUAUUUUAUAUUUGGAAUAUUAGGGUUAUCAAAAAUCGAAUUAUUUAGUUGUAUAUAUUUACUGUUUUAAAAUUUAAAACGUCUUUUAAUGUUAAUUCGGUAUUUAUAUAGUGGGUCAUUAAAGAAAUUCUAAUUAAUAAUCUAAUAUUUUUUAAAGAACUUGAAUGUGAAAAUCUAAAUUUUGAGAUAUAAGGUAUAACAGAUUAAUAUUUGUCUAUUAUUAAGAAUUAAUAUUCCUGAUAGUGAAUAGUUAUACUAUGCAGCAUUAAUGUAUCUAUGGUUUCCCAACAAUUUUUAUUCCAUCAUAUACAUGUAUAUUUCUAUAGUUCUAAAGAAAUGCAAAAUUUUAAUAUUUCUUUAAAUGUUAUCUUAUGUUAUAUGAUGUACUAGCUGAAUGCCCGCGGCGUUGCUCGCGUGAAAAUAAAAGAAAAGUCGAAGAAGGCCUCCAAUAAUAGUAAAUGCAACCCAAAAUACACAAAAAUAAAAUCCGAAGCCAUGCAACCCACAAUUGCCACGCCGUUUUUCUUGAGGUCACGGGGCGCGAUUAACCUUCGUCUUCCCACGUUAGAAAAGUUACGUAAAGUCCCAAAUGGGAUACAUUUGUACCCCAUCAUGAAAAUGAUACUACUGAUACAUUUACAUGUUUUUAAUUAUACAAAUAAGUUAAUUUUCUUUGCACUUAACACACUUCACUUCUUUUACAUGGUGUUCCGCGCAUACGAAAUUUUGACACUCCUUGCAAAGUUGUCUAGAUUUGUGAUCUCUAUUUCGAUCACAGAGAUAACAGCGUCCACUUUUAAGUCUUUCAUUUUGGUUUUCAACUGGAGGAGACGUCAAGUCUGGAACAACAUUGCGCUUAUACUGCCUUAGCGUCUUGCUCAAGCGUCCUGAGUUAUUAUAUUUUCGUACAAUAUAUUCUUUUACCAAAGAUUCUCCUAACUGUUUAGUGCCGCAAUAUCCAAUAAUUAUUGAGAUUCCAAUAAUACAGAGUAUUGCUUUACCAUUUUAUCUGUGGUGUCUACAGCACUCUUUGUAUCAUUAUAAUGAAGUAGAAUAUGAGGUUUAUUCUUAUAUUUUUCAUCUGCAACGGUAUCAUCAUGAUAUUCCGUAGACCAUAAAAUAACUGCUUUGCCUUUGCUAGGUGUAUAAGACACAAUAGUAUGUUCUUUUGUGAAUGCAAACAUACUAGAAAAUUCAGGCCUAAAUAAUUUGGGUUGCAACUCGUUUGGAAUGUAUGACUUAUUUUUUCUGAGGGUUCCACACAGGGUAAGUUUUUUUUCAGCAAGCUUAUCUGCCAGUGGUAGAUUUGUAAAAAAAUUAUCAGUGGUUACUCCAUAUCCAGUGCCAAGGGGUUCAACAAGAUCCAGAACCACUCUCUCACCCUGAUUUUUUUCUGGUUUGUUAUUAAUUUUACCAAGAUAAACCUGUAAUUUUAUACUGUACGAAUUUUUACUAUCUGCCAUUACCCAAAUUUUAAGGCCAUAUUUAUCGGGCUUACUUUUCAUGUAAACUCGAAAAGGACAUCUCCCUCUGAAGGAAACAAGUUGCUCAUCUAUAGUAACAUGUGACCCAGGUGAAUACGCAACAAACAAAUUAAAAACUUCUCUAAUUGGCGCCAAUUUAUCGUUUAUCUUACGCUGAGGUCUAGUAGAAUAGUCAAAUCGAAUAAAUGCUGUAAGCAACUGAAAUCGAUUACGUGACAUACUUGCCGGAAUAAUAGGCCUGACAUAUUCCUUAUCUGUACACCAUAACAUUUUUUGGGGCUCCUUUUCGGGUUGCUUGAAGCGUUCCUUGGAUCAGUAGGAUUCCUAGGUACGCCUUGAUUUCCGUAGAAUCGGUAAGCUGCCAAAUUCGUUGCAAUUUAUGUGGAUAUUUUUCAUUCCAUUGUCUUAUUACCUAUAACAAAAUAAUUCUUAAUAAGUAACAGUAAAAUAAAGAAAACUAAUAAUACUAAUAAAUAAUAUCAAAUAAAAUUUUAAAUAAGGUCAAUGAAAAAGGAAACUUACCUCUUCAGCUUUUCUAUUGGUUUGAACUACUAAUAUAUUCAAAAUAUUGUCUGACAUGAACAGUAAAAAAGCUUCAAUUUCAGUGAUAAAAUUUGAACUAUACGGAGUAAGACCUUGUUUAUUCUUUACUAUAUCUCUAGCUCCUCUGCGUAUCUGAGUAUAGGGAACUUUUGACCACUGGGUACCAUCUUUAGAUUUAUAAAAUAGAUUUCCACCGUCCAUAGACUCUUGCUGUUCCUGCUCCACAGAUGUGCCUUGACUGUCACUAUCGCAUUCAAUAAGAUCCGGCCGCUCGUCACUUUCCCCCUCAUCAGACAAAACUACGUCAAAUUGCCCUAUUUCAUCAUCGGAGUCUGCAUAUAAUUUGCCGCUCUAAUUCGGCAUCACUAAGGCCUUUCGACAUUUUUGAUUAAAUUUUAAAAAAGCGAAUGACCACAAAACUCGCAAAACUAACUGCUAAAACAAAACACUUCAAUGGCUUUGAAAUAAAUAAAAUAGCAAUUAAGUCUGCGCACACUGCAAUGAUCACUCUAAUCAACUAAUGGUCUAUUUUUAGAAGCGACGCGCGCCGGAUCGAAGUACGAAGCACCGCCAAGCCAGUAGGCGUGCAUUCCCACGUGGGGUAUAAAUGUACCCCAGACUAUUCAAACAUAAACAUAAACAUUUAAACAAAAACCGAGAAAAAAAUGUGGUUUAAAAGGCAGUAAAUAUUUACAAAGCUUUUAUUAACAGAAAAUAAAAUUCUUCACAAAAAAUAAGCUUUUUUGGGCAAAUAUGCAUGAAAAAAGAGAUGUAUGGGGUACAUUUGUACGAUGAUGAGUCAGUCAGUCAGGACAAACUCUUUUAUAUAUAUAGAUCAUUACUUACCAAAAAUAGCAGUUCAUUUUUUUUUCAUUUUAAGCAUAUGGCUCUACGAUAACAUCUACAAAAAUUGAAAUAAAUUAAUUAAUUAAUUAAAAUUAAUAAAAAUUGCUUUUAGAUUAGAAACCGAAUUACAUGAUACCUCGUUAGAAAGAUAUUUCAAUUUCCUUUUAGAAUAUGUUAUGAUAUAUAGGGUGUUCCAUUUAAAAAAAAAUCAUUUUUCACAAUUAAUAUAUCUAGCAGGUAAAAUCACAUUAUAUUUGAGCAACUCUGUAUAACCUAGAAUAAAUUUUUAUAGUGAAAACUAGUGUACAAUACCUUCGUAAAUUACGUUUAUAAUUUCAAUUUUCUACGCAUUCCAGUGCCGGAGUAAUAAAACAUUUUUUGGACCUACCAAUGUUUUGGUCAAAAAAAUAAAGAAAAUAAUUAUUUUUUUUGAAAACCACUAGAGAUAGGUAUAGGAACAACGUAUACAAAAACAAUCAAGGUGAUAGCGGAUCGGAAAAUAAAACAAUCUACAGGGUAUUCCAUUUAAAAUAACAAAGUUGCUAGUAUUUUUUGGUAUAAGCGGCAACUAAGCUGUAUCGCUAAAAAUAUCUUUAAAGGUUAGAUCACCAGUUAAAAUCCAUGAUGCCAAAUUUUCGAAAAAAAAUUCCAUAUUCCAUUCUCCGAAAACGUCUAAGAUACCAUCAACCAUCAAUCACCCUUUAUAUGAUAAUUGAGAGAGUUUUUGGUUAAUAUUUUAAAAAAUAUUGAGGGUAUUAAAUAUUGCCGUUCAAGUUUUAUAAUAUUUAACUUAAAUAAAAUAAGUAUUAAUAUAAAUACUUAUUUAUAGUACUUAUAGUAUAUUAUAUAAGUACUAUAAAUAAAUAUUGUUAUUGGUUUUUAAAGCUCCUUCAGCUUAGCAUCAUACAUUGUACAAUACAAGAAUGACUUCAGCUAGAAAAAAAUAAAAAAAUCUAAAUAUCUAAAAAAUAGGAAUAAUUUAUAAAUAGAUCUAUUAGUAAUAUUUAUUUUAAUUAAAGCUAGCAGCUAUCCCAAUAAACCAUACAUACUGUAUAUCGUCGUAUCCCUGCGAAAAGUCACUAACACGCAUUUAUUAAGUUUUAAGAUAAAUCAAUUUAAAGUUUUAUUUCUAUUUAUUAAAUCAGUCUUAAUUUAUUUUAAGGCAAGCUGUGUUCCAACGUUUUCCUAUUUAAAUGUACAUUUGAAUUUAACUCUCAAAAUGCUACUUUUUUGCCAGAAAGUAUAAUAAAAACCAAAUAAAAACCUAAUUAGUGACUUUUAGCAAUAAAAAAAACUAAAGUGAACCACUAAUUAGUUUCUUUAUUGGACCAGUUAGAAGUCAAUAAAAAAGAUACAAAAUCACAUAAAUAAAUUAAAAUCACAUGCAAUCAAUGCUUAGUCGACAAUUUAGCCACUUUUUCCAACUUCUAACCUUCUUCUUCACUUUCGUCCUCAUUUUGCUCAGGUUCCACAGUGUGGUCUUUUACGUUGGUGGCAGUUGGUAGUAACGGAUACCAUGGGUGAAGUUCUUCUGGUAUAAUAUUUUUCUGACACACUUUUAAUAGAUCUUGCUUUUUAGGAACACUAAUGGGAAGAAUUUCUUUAUAAGCUUUUUUAAUAUCUGCAAUUUUAUUUUAACGACCUCGCUUAGAAACAUUUAAAUUACUGUAGGAUCCAUUAUGGCUAUAAUGAAACUUUAUUAUCCCUGGGCUUUGUUUUUCCUAGCGUAGACAUUUGAUUUGAAGCCAUUUGACUAUGUUGCCAUCAUCAUCUUUAAGGCGAUUUUUAAUCAUGCGCUUACUAAGGUUUUUGAGGUCAAGAAUAUCAGAAAAUUUGAAUUGACUUACAUGAUAGGGAUUGUCUGUUUUUCUAUUCCUAUUCGAUCUGGCCUUUUGCAUUAUGUU